CGAGAGGGAGAGAGCCGGGGGGGGUGGGGGGCCACUCGAAGAUGGUUCAGCAAACCGCGGGCAAGUUUGAGGCGGACGGCAGCUUGUGCCGGGAUGUCCCGGAGAGUGAGUUGCUCGCCUGCAGCCCGUCGGCGGCAGCCCCUUCCCCGUGCGAGGGCGACCCGGACUGGUGCAAGACGGCGAGCGGCCACAUCAAGCGGCCGAUGAACGCGUUCAUGGUGUGGUCGAAGAUCGAGAGGCGGAAGAUCAUGGAGCAGUCGCCGGACAUGCACAACGCCGAGAUCUCCAAGCGGCUCGGCAAGCGCUGGAAGACGCUGCGGGACAGCGAGAAGAUCCCCUUCAUCCGGGAGGCGGAGAGGCUGCGGCUCAAACACAUGGCCGAUUACCCCGACUACAAGUACCGGCCGCGGAAAAAGCCCAAGACCGAGGCGGGCAAGCAGCAGCAGCAGCACCAACAACACCAGCACCAUCAGGCGCCUCAUCAACAACAGCAGCCAGCAGCGGCCGCUCCCGGGCUCACGCCGGACAAGAGUCAGGGCAAAAGCUCCAAACAUUCGGGCAAGAAAUGCAGCGGCGGGAAACUCAAACCCCCCAAACCCUGCACCAACUCCUCCUCCCCACCUCAGGGAAACGGGGAGAUGUCCGAGGAUUUUGUCUUUGGCAACCUGAGGGGGAACAAGACGGUGCGGAGUGUGUUCGGUGGCGGUCCCGAGACCCCCUUGCCUCAGCAAGCGGCGGAUUCCUCCUCCUCCUCCUCCUCGUCCAGCCCGCGGCGGGCGAGUGUGGCGGCGGUGCCGGCCAGCCCGACCCUCAGCUCGGCCGCCGACUCGGUGGAAGGGGCGAGCCUGUACGAGGAGCGGGACGGCGGCACGAGGAGGGCGCCUCCGACCAAGGCGGGCGCCGGCAGGAGGUGCUCGCACUCGCCCAGCUCCAGCUCCGGCUCCAGCUCCAGCCGCCGCUCGGCCUCCACCUCCAGCGAGGAAGCGGACGAUUUGCUGUACGACUUCAGCAUGAGCUUCUCCGGGGCUGGCGGCAGCAACAGCAGUGGCGCCGGAGGGGGGAACGGCUCGGAUCCGCUCAGUUCAGGGAAUGUCAGCCUCUCGCUGGUGGACAAGGACUUGGAUUCGUACAGCGAGGGCAGCUCCGGCUCCCACUUUGAAUUUCCAGACUACUGCACUCCCGAACUCAGCGAGAUGAUUGCCGGAGACUGGUUAGAAGCCAACUUUUCCGACCUGGUCUUCACGUACUGAUUUAUUCCCCUUCAACGAAAUACUUUUUUUUGAAGGAAAAAAAGAACCCAGAACUUUUCAUUUCUGUUGGUUGCUUUUUUUUUAAUGACAGGAUGUUUUUAUUCAAAACACAGUUGCCACCGGUCUCCAGGUCCGAUUCGCUCUUCGAGUGGGAUAUUUUCCCCUUAACCGUCUGUGAAGCCCUCCCAAAAGGUGUUUGUUUUUUUAAAAAAAAAUAAAGGAAUAGAAACACAAACUUACUUUGAUUGGAAAUCGUGGCCGGACUUUGUAUACAACGCUUUGGCGGCGCAACUGUUAAAACCAGUUCCUUGGAUUUUCCCAGCGGGACCACGACAUAGAGAGAGAUGUGAACACUGCAGGGAGUUUUAAAACGGCAAAAAAAAAAUGAGAAUCCAGGCUUGUAUGCAAACACUUUUAUCUUACACCACGACCCUGAAGUUAACUUGAUCCGUUGUACUGUUUUAAUCGUGUGAUGUAUUUCCAAUAAGACUGUUUUUUGCUCUGUAAAUUUUUUGUUCCCUCACAAUUACCUCCUUUUACCACCUAAUGACACAGGCAGCAUAAACCUCAAGAGUAUAAGUUUUUUUUGAUACAUGCAGACCUCAAGACUUUUUAAAACGAAGAAAAAUAAUACUAAAUAUUUUCACUUGUAUUUUUCUAUAGCUAAAAGGGAACCUUCUCGCUGUGAUAGUCCAGUGAGAAUUUCUGGCACUUGCUUUUUUUUAAAAAAAAUUAUUUUCCUCUUCUUUUUCUUCCUGUAUAGCAUGUGAACGUUGGUACGUCCUGCUUUCAAGGAUUCAAAAAACAUUUCUUUUUGAAAAAAAAGCAAAAUCCUUGCAUCAAUGCCUUGUGAUUUUAAAUCUGCAAGUGCUCAGUCUUUUUGUACAGUUGUAGAUUUAGAUUUGUUGAAUAUUUGUAGGUAAGAAAAUUUAUUGAAAAGACGUGAGAUAGAACUCGACUCGUUCCUAGUGAGAUUAUAUGUACUGUAUCAUAUACUGUAGGAAUUCUAUGUGUACUCAUACGCUGUGAUAUGUGGGUUAAAUCCCGAGGGCAGGUGUAAACUGGAGGAUUUUUAACAUGGCACAUGUGAAAUCUUAAUUCAUUUUUGUGCAAUAUGAAUCUCAGAUCAUCUGCACAUUUUGUAGCAAACUUAUGAACUAAAACAGACGUGUGCACUGUAAUCAUUGCCUGUCUUGAUGCUAAGAGUCUGUAUCCGGGGAGGGGCGGGGGAAUUAAAUAAAGAAAUCAGCUGGAACUGAU